UCAGACAGAGAAGUACAUGAUGAAACUUCAUAUGCAAGAGCGAGCAAUAGAGGAGGUCAAAUUGGCCAUAAAACCCUUCUACCAGAAAAGAGACAUCACGAAGGAAGAGUACAAAGAGAUUUUGCGCAAAGCCGUUCAGAAGGUGUGUCAUAGCAAGAGCGGGGAGAUUAACCCGGUGAAAGUAGCCAACCUGGUCAAAGCCUAUGUGGAUAAGUAUAAACAUGCAAGAAAACACAAGAAAGAGGAAACUGGGCAAAUCCAACAGGCAGAUGCCCCGAAAGACUCCCAAACUCCAAUGUAAGCCCGAGGGUAAUGGCUACAUGCUUUCCAGACGGUAUCUUAUAUAUAAUGGUGAUCAACAGUAGAUUUGGAUGUUUUUUUUUUAAUCUGUGCAUUUCUAUAAUGACAUGGGAAACUCUUAAGGGCUGAAUAUCUUGUCAUCAGUUAUCAAAUUAACCUUUUUGAAUGUUUGUAUGUUUUCUUUUGAAUAUAAAGAUCGUUUGGAAGUGUCCAGAUACAGAAUGGGUUGAAAAUCUUUACGUUUGCCACUGUUCAAAACAGCACCCUCUUCAAGAGGGUGUUGAAUACUAUGCUGUUUUAAGCUGAUGAUCCAACAGGAAGCUUAAGUUGUCAGAAAGGCUCUUGCAUUGUCAGACACACGUUUGUGUGUAUGUAUACGUCAUAUAUAUACACACACAAUACUCUUGAACCUGUCGUUCCACCAUGAAUAAUUGACACUGGAGAGCAUAGUAAUUGUUUUGUGGUUAAUGAGAAUAUAAGCAUUAUGUUGAGGAACAAGGUGCAGAAGAUACUCUGGGACGUUCUGUGAUCUCUCAGAAAACUCAAGAGUAUUUAUUAAAAUAUCUUUCUGAUAUCCAGUCAUUAUGAGACUCAAUUUGGUUCUUUAAAAUCUUUUUGUGAACUAAUAUAGGUGAAACAGGAAAACUUGCAGUAGACCUCACCCUCAUUGAAAUGCUUUUGUUGUAAAUAGAGAAAUAAUAAGGUUCUCUCAUGGCACACGUGAACGGCUGUAAUUGAUCUGUUCGGUUGAAAUGUGACCGUUUUCAUUUUAAAAGCUGCCGGCUGAAUGUUUGCCAGUUGUUUUUCCUGAUUGCUAUUGCUUUCUUUUUUCUGUUUGUGGACGACAUGCUUACAAAUGACAUUCAGCCUAUAAAAUAAUGAACCAUUUCUUUAUGCACUUCUAAAGUUUCAAUGAGAAGUAUUAAUUAGAAAAGUUGAUAGCUAAAAGUGUAUUUCAAAACAGUUUUUUUCUGAACCCUUUUCACUAAUUGUCAUUUUAAUAGCUUGAAAAAUGUUUGUAAGAUUUCUGAAUUGAUCAUGUAACUUGAGUUGCAUCUCACGGUGAGGCGUGCAGAACGUUUGGCCUGUUUUCCUGUGGCAAAUCGCAUCGAGUUGAUUCAUUUCCAGACUUGAGAGAGAUUAUUCUGAUCUCUUAACCUGAGUGAACUUUAUCAUAUGAAUCCAAGCAGUCACAGAAUACAUAAUUCGUGAUGUGAGUUGUGGCUUCCAUAUUGCUGUCUUUGUAAAUAAUUUUAUUAAACACUUUAUUUAAUAAAAAUUUAAAAGAAAAUCCUUUGGCACAUUUCCUAAGGGGGUAUGUUUUUGUUACUGUCCAAAAAUGGGUGAAUAUUGAGUGAUAAAUGUACAAUAAAUAAUGCAUUCUGGAAAUAAUGUUUAGU